AUGGAGAUCUGCAGCUCGUGCGACGCGGCGGCCGUGGUGGCGGCGGCCUCCUCCCCCACCGCCAAGCUGGUCCUGCAGGACGGCAAGCUGCAGCAGCUCUCACGGCCCGUGAAGGCGUCGCAUGUGCUCCGGAAGGACCCGGCCUGCUUCGUCUGCAACGACGACGACAUGGAGUUCGACGACUUCGUCUCCCCCGCCCAUGCCGACGACGAUCGACAGCCCGGGCAGCUCUACUUCCUCCUCCCCGUCUCCAUGCUGCGGCGGCCGCUCCACGCGGAGGAGAUGGUCGCGCCAGUCGCGAAGGCCAGCGCGGCUCUCAUGGGCUCCGGCGGUUUCCACUUCCCCGAUGCUUCUGCCGCCAAAUCCGGUAGUAGGCUGGUGGUGGAGCCACGGCAGCGGAGGCGAAGGCCGAGCUCCAUGAGAGGAGGUGGCGAGGGACGAGAUUUCAAGCCCGGGCUUAGCGGCAUUCCGGAGUAG